AUGGAGUUCAUGCAGGGGGCUGGUUCCAUGGGCCAUCAGCAGACAGAUCAAUCUGCAUUUCAACAGGUUAUGGUCGCCCAAUCUACGCUGCUGCUAGAGGAUCCUGUGAUUGCCAAAGCAGCUCCGCAGAUGAACGGGGCAUCAGUGCAUGUGAGUACAGAGCAGGAAAGACAAGGUGAUCGCACCUAUGGAGCUGUGCAGAGCGGAGGCCCAGCUGCCCAGAUGAGAAGCGAUCUUGAUAUUUCUGCUUUUGGAAGUGAAAGGAAGUCUGGAAUGGUGCCAGAGACCUCGGAAGCUGCUAGUAUGGGGACAGGAGCUGGAGCCCAAGGUGAUGUGCAAGACAUCGACGGCGAAGUUGGUCCCGUGUGCCAGCAGACAGCACAGCGAGGAGCUCAUGUGCCAGAGGACACCUUUGUGGAGCAGGGUAGCGGAAGUCGGGACAACCGGGACCAGACAACCGGAAGUGUGGUCGCCUACGACGGGAAUCGAAUCGUCCUCAACAACCAGGAGCUCAGGCUCACCUUCCCCAACGGCCCGGGCUACCCGCCGGGCGUGUCGUCCACCAGGCCCGAGAGCAUCAACCAUUUGCUUGGCCCCAGCUUCAUCUCGGGUGGCCAACAGAUUUUUUCCUUCGUUCAGAUGGCCCCCUACGAGUCCCUGUACCUCAGGUGCCCCGCCCUCGCCGCGCGCGAGCACAUCCUCGGCCCCCUGGGCUCCGACAUCAUCGCGAAGAUCAUCGUGGACCGCGGCGUGGGCCACGUCCUCCACAGCCGCACGGAUGAAGGACACUUCGUUAACCUCCACGGCCCCAUCACGCUCCGCUACCUGCGCGCACGAGCAGCAACAACGCAAACCUCCGACAGCUCCAACGCCAGCGAGUUCUCGGCAGGCCCCACGCGGUUUCUCCGCCGCUUAAGGAAAAGGGUCCCCAUGUCCACCACAGUCUACAUCGACUCCCGGAAACGCGUGGCGGGCACCGACAGCGAUUUCGAGAUCGACCUAGGCGAGACGCUGCACAUCGACUCGGGCGCGAAGCUGGCGGUGCACAAGAUCCGCGUGGCCGACGCCUUCCUCUCCACGGACCGGGGCAGCUACCUAUUUUGGCACGACGUCUCGGGGGGCACACUGCACUACGCCCAGCUGCCGGCGGCACCCUGGGCUUCCGGGGAGCCUUGUCCUUUGCUCCCGGCGGACGCCCGCGCCUCUUCGGCUCCGGUUUGGGUUCUUCCGAAGGCCGCUCCUCCGCGGGCUCCUCCGAAGGCCGCUCAGGCUCCUCCAAGGCUGCUCAUUCGCGGGCUCGGCGGUGUCCAUUUACUUUUCCCAGUCGAGAUAAAUCGCGAAGCUCACCGAGGUCCCGCGAGUGUUGACCACCUCGCCGUCCAGGUCACGGUUAUCUGGAUUUUUCAGACCGCCACAGAUACCUACAGCAUGGAUGCCAAGUCCUAUGCCAUCGCCCCUGUUGGACCGACAUUGUGGUGGCGGCGUGUCCCAGCCAAUGGGAGACCCGAGAUUGAUUGCGGGUGCAAGAACACCUGGGAAGGUUGCUACUGCCAUCCCAAGACCUCCCACGCCCCCGAGCUCGUCCAGCAUACCCGCAGAGGUUGCUGGUGGAGGCAGAGAACUCCAAAGGAACGCCGGAGCCACGAGAACCUCAUCUACAGCGACCGCGCGAUGAAGAACCUACAUCCUGUGAAGGUGGCAGAAGAGAUUUGCUUGGAUCCCUCUGGGAGGAAAUUUCGGGGCGAAUUGGUUCAGCGCAAGCGAGCAAUCAGAGCCAUUGCGAAGGGAAUGCAGCAACUUCAGGAGCUUCAGGUGCAGUCAUUGAAGCGAGAGGAGGACGGAAGUCCGGAGCAAGCCAAAUCGUCGGUGGCUUCGCUUCCGACUUUGAAGGCUCCGCAGGGAGACUUGGCUGGGGUACAACUGCAAGAUUGGUUAGCUCUGGUAAGCACUUGCAUGCAGGAUCUCUCAGCUGGAUCAGGGCUUUGGUGGCAGGAGGUUUUGCAAAGGGUGAGCUCCGCGUACAUGACCUGGUUGGCUGCAACGCCUUUGGAACGUCUUCAGGUUCAGCCUGCACAGGAUGAUCCCCUCACCGCCGGCAAAUGGACGAGGGUGAAUGCCAGGGCCUGUACGUUGGUGUUGGGGGCUGUGGAUGAGUCGUUAAAGGAGGAUUUGGUGAGUCGGAGGGCUACGACCAGCAUCAUAUCCAUGUUGUUUCGACUGCAUACGGUGUAUCAGCCUGGUGGGCCUCAUGAGAGAUCUAGAAUCCUUCGCGCGCUACAAGAGCCCCAAUCGCCAGAGAACCUAAGCCAAGCUCUUGCCUUGCUGCGAACAUGGCCUAGAUCGAUGCAAAGGUGCCAAGAUAUGGGAAUGAGCUUUCCAGACUGCACGGUUUUAGCCAAGGCCCUGACGGUGACCGCUGGGAAGUUCAUCACGGAGAGCCCGGAUGCAGCAUUUCGUACCCAGCUGUUGAGAUCUUCGCUGCGUAUUGAUGGUCAGCCCAGCCUGGAUAGUGUGCGUAAGUACCAUCAGCAUUUGCAAGCGGAGAUAGAGAACAUGGCUGCAACGAACGUGGACCAAGGACCCAGGGUUCAGAAGGUGACCUUUGAGGAGACCACCACUUCCGAGGAUGCUGCGACUGUUAAGGGCGACCCGGUGUGGACCAUGGAGGCACUCCUCAAGGCCGCGGCUCAGGUGAUUCAGACUUCAGCCCCAGAUCCGGAACCAAAGGCCCCAAGCAUGAAGGUGAUGAGACUGGGUAGAAAGGAAGACGAGUACCUGGACGCCGAGGAUGUGUACGCGCUGAUGGACUCUGGAGCCACGCACCCUCUUCGUAGAGCAUGGACACAAGAAGAAUGGGAAAGGGCGGAACCCACUGUGGUGACUCUUGCUGGAGGAGAAAGUGUGGAGCUUCGGAUGAAUGAAGGAGGAACACUCCUUGUUCCUAUCUCGGGUGAGGGCUACCAAGCUCCCACUGCUCCCAUUGUUCCGCUUGGUUCUUUAGUCCAGCAGUUGGGGUACACCUUGGAGUGGAGCGCGAAGAAGUGUCGGCUGGUUGGAAAUCAAGGGGAUGUACAUCAUCUACGUGUACGUAAUGGUUGCCCGGAGAUUACUGAAUGCCAAGCCCUGAAUCUGAUUGCGCGUUUGGAAAAUGAGAAGCUUGGGUUGUUGAAGCAGAACACCACCGAGACCCGGGAACGUGUACGCUGCACUUGGAGAGAAGCUGGUUUGAUCACCUCCUCCAGUACUGUCGUGGCGAGAGAGCAGCAAAUGCACUACAGGCAAUUGGAGAAGCACAAUUCCUUCAGAAUGUGCCACUGGGAGCAAAGCAGGGACUGGUGGAAGGAUAUCCCGAGCGUAAUGGUUGGCAAGCACUCCGAGGGUUACAUCACCUCAAUCGAGUCCAGGGAAGAAUAUAAGUACCUGGAGCGGAACGGCUACGUGGUCUUGGAGUUGGAUUUGGAACGGGGAACAUCCCAUGAUAUCCUUAACCCUGCUGUGUGGAGAGCUUUGGAAUGGGCUGCGCGAGCUGGAAAAAUUGCUGGAGUCAUUGGUGGUCCGCCCUGCAGAUCCUACUCGAUGCUCCGCUACCAGAAGCCUGGACCAAAUCCUGUUCGCACAAAUGCUUAUCCCUAUGGAGGUUGGGAGGGGCAACCAGCGGCUGAGGAGGAGCUUGCGGUGAAGGACACGUCCUCCAUGCCUUGUCCACGGAGCGACUUGUGGAUUGGCUACGCCAACGAAGCUGGUUUGGCGAGGUACUCUGUGGAUCAAGGAGCGGUGGGACAUUUCACCAGGAAACCAACCUCAUUGGGAACCAAUUUGACCAUGCUUAGCUCCUUGGAUGGAAUCAAGGCGGAGGGAUAUUUUGAUCCAUGGCGAGGAUCCUCGAAGGACUUAGCAAAAUGGGGCCCUGGAUUGGUGGAAGCAAUCGUGAAGGCGAUCAUUGUGCACCGCAGUGUACCAAGAAUGCUGGCUAUGUCGGCGGAGCAAUGGGCGGAUCAUGUCAGAAGGGGGCAUCUCCCAUUCAGACGUGACUGCAUGACCUGUGUGAAGGCAGGCGCUACGGGGCGGAGGCAUUCAAGAGUGGAGCACCCCGAAGCCUUUGUGAUGACGGCAGAUUUGUCGGGACCUCUAAAGGAACAUGGUCUAGAUUCACAUGGGAGAGGAAGAGCUCCUGCCAAAUUCCGUUACCUCUUUGUGGCCAAGCUUCGGGUUCCCAAGGACUUCGUGGAUGACGGUCGGGGAAUAGGCUUGGAGUACGUCCCAGGUGAUGACCCUCUUCAUGAACCAGUACCCGUUGAUGAUGGAUUAGAGGAGGACGGUGAAGGGGUUCCAAGAGCAGCUGGUGAGUUAGAAGCGCAAAAGGAAGAAGGGGAUGAAGAGGAAAGAGAAGGAGAAUUGGCGAGUGAAAAGCCGAAGGAGGACAUCGGAGAUGAUCUGAACCCGCCGGACAUGGUGAAUCUGAUCUUCGCCACGGGCUUGCACGACAACAAGAGUGCAACGGUGUUGGAGGCAAUCCAGGAUGUGGUCCUCUAUGCCCGAUCCUAUAACAUCCCAAUCCUUAGGUUUCACUGCGACCGGUCGAUGGAGUUCUUCGCGAAAAAUUCUCGGCAGUGGAUCAAGGAGCAGGGGAUAAGAAUGACAAGCAGUGAAGGAGGUGAACAUCAGUCCAAUGGUGCUGCUGAAAACACGGUGAAGUGGAUCAAGCAGCGGGCCAGAACCUUGUUGGCGGGCUCAGGUUUACCUCAGAGAUUGUGGCCAUAUGCCGCGGACUAUGCAGCAACGGCACAGCGAUCGUCUGUGUUAGGCCUUGAAGCACGACUAGCUGCCCCUUUUGGCGCAAAGGUCCUCAUCAAGAAGAAGCCCUACAUUGGGACUGGACAUGGUGGAAAAAUGGACGAUCUGGCGCCAAGAUGGGAAGAGGGGAGCUACUUGGGAUUAUCCAAUGCAGUGCGGCAGGGGCAUCUAGUGUACAUCAACAAUGAGGGAGAAAGAUUUCUCCAUACCGCCCAUGUUCGUCCCGGACUACAUGAUCCAGGCCCCCCUGCAGAAUCUGUUGAAGCGGAGGAAUCUGCAAGUGCCCGACGCCGAUUGAGAGCCAAAACAAGCAUACAUUCAAUGACGUCGAUGGCACAGAUGGAUCAGUCGCUGGCAGAAAAAGAACUGGAAGGGGAGGUGGAGCGUGUGCUGGAAGAGUGGAACCGAGAAGAAGCGGAGGAGUUGGUUGUGCAAGCAUGUUCAAUACUGCCUAGAGCUGCAAACAAGUAUGGGCUGUUUCGACAUGGUGGGGUUAUGGGCUUAACAAAAGCAACAUAUGAUCGACCCUGGAUGGCCCGACUGUUGGUGAAAAUCCUGCAAGAUGCUGAGCCUGAUGCGGAGUUUGCAGCAGUGUACGUUUCCCUGGAUGGAGAAAAGGCCCUUCACCGCGAUUCACAUAAUGAAGCAGGCUCACUGAACUACCUAUAUCCCGUAAAGCUUCCACGCCGAGGAGGAGACCUGUGGAUGGAGCUGGGUGAAGGUGAUGUGGUGUCAGGGUCCAUCGUUGAGAUGUUAGACAACAAGGGAAAGGCAUACUACGGAAAUGCAAUACCUCUUCGUGAAGGACAAGUGAGAUCGAUUAACCCCCGCAAGCGGCAUGCUGUGUUACCCUGGAAGGGCAAGCCUGGUGAGCGCAUUGUGGUGAUUGGAUAUACACCGGCCCGUGUGGGGAGGAUUUCGUCAGCGGAGCGGGAGCAGUUGUCAUCUUUGGGCUUUUGCCCACCAACCAUGACCUACGACGACUCUGUUGCUGUUCGAGCCCUCAGAGUGAAGGCGGUGGACAAAUCCAUUGUUGAGGAGGAGCCGGAAGCAUUGAGCGGAGGUGGAUGGACAGAAAGAGUGGAAACUUCGGAUGGAAUUCUUCUCUUUGUGGUGGACUGGAAGCUUAGCCGAGAGCGUGUAAAGGGCAACAUGGUGAACGAUGGCAACAACGUUACAUUCCAACCCGGCGACGCAGAGGAGUGUAUGGUGGAAGAGAUGUACGUCGUUCUCGAUGAUAAGAAGGCGAAGAUCCAUAUGGUGAGGUCAGUGGAAGCUGUGGCAUCAAGCCCUAUCGCGGUGAUGAAGACCGAGGUGAACUACACAAGAAACAUAGAGGAGCUCCUGAGCUCAUUGAAGGAGCCGUUGGCUGUGGUUCAUACCAUACACCCCUCUGAAGUGGCCCAGAACUUGGAAAGUUGGAAGCCGUCGAUGAUCAAGGAGCUGAAUGCCAUUGGCCACGCGGUGAUCAGGCUCAAGAAAGAUGACCCUUUACGGGAGGUGUGGAUGAAAAAGGACGGAGUGCAAAUGCUGCCAAUGAAGCUGGUGUAUACGGUGAAGCCUCCAGACGUCGCCCCUUUGGUCGAUGGGUUCAAACGGAAGGUCAGGGCUGUUAUUUGUGGCAAUAUGGCUGGAGAUUCGGACCUGGAGGUAUACACUGGUGCAGCCCCUGCAGAGGUUGUACGUGCAGCGUUGUCCAUAGCUAGCAGAUAUGGCUGGUCUGCAGCAGUGCUCGAUGUCAUUUCAGCUUUUCUGCAAACGCCAUUGGAUGAGAUCCCGAAUGCCCCAAUCGUGAUUGCAAUUCCCCCUCGAGCCUUGGUCCAAGCUCAGCUGGCAGAAGAGGGAGAGCUAUGGGGUAUAACCCAUGCGGUUUACGGACUGCGUGAAUCACCCCGGCUAUGGGGAAUAUUCCGGGAUGGCGAGAUGAGGAAGCUGAAGACCACGUUGAACGACAAGGAGAUUGUCCUGGUCCAAGGUCACAUUGAGCCGACGUGGUGGGCAAUUAAAACAGAGGGAUGCACCAUUGGGAUUUUGGUGAUCUAUGUGGAUGAUUACCUGAUCUUAGCGUUUCCUGAUGUAAUCACUGCAGUGUCGGAGGCUGUUCAACGGAUCUGGAAGACUUCAGCGUUGCAAGUGCCAGCGUGUCUGAAGGCAUAG